AUGAACCAUGAUAUACCGCCGCCUUUCAAAUUAUCAAAGCCAAGCCAACUCGAUCGAAAAUAUUCUUUGUCUGUUGUACAAAAUCCUAUUCGAGCAAGAUGCUGUGGAUUUGGUGAAAAAGACCGACGACCAAUCGAUCCGCCUCCAAUAUUACAACUAACAGCAAAGAAUUCUUUUGGUGAAGCAAUUGAUUUGAAACCAGAAGAUUCUGUUUUAUUCCUGGUUCAGUGCGAACUGUAUAACGAGGAUAUGACAGAAAAUAGAACGUUAGUCUAUACACCAUGGUCAACGAAUCAACAGCAGCACAACGACAAUGAUUUGUCUGUUAGAACAGAAGGCAUUUUUACGUUGAAAUUUGUUUUUAUUGACCUAGCUUUUGGUGAACCACUAAGGAAGACGACGCAGAUCCAACAAACCGUUUUUUCAUCUACUUUUCAAGUCUAUCCCGCCAAGAAGUUUCCUGGAUUGACCGAAUCAACUUCACUUUCUAGAUGUUUUUCAAAGCAAGGCAUCAAAAUCCCGAUACGAAACGAUUCACCCUACAAACGUAUA